AUGGAUCUAAACGGAAUAGGGGAUGUUGAUACGGAGGACAGUGCAGUAGAUGGACUGCUGACCCACGAGAAGGAGGAUGUCAUGAACAGAGUUAUGUACCUGGAGAAGCGAGUCCAACAGCAGGAAGAUGAGAUCAUCUGCCUCAAGUCUGCCGUGGCAGAUGUCAUCCGAAGGUUGAGCUCUGUAGAGACAUCUGGUCAGAACUCUUCCUUCCAAACUCGCAGCCACACGAAAACACCACACAACAGACGUCGCUCCACAACAGCCUUACCAACUGCAACCAGCAAGAACCACCAGAAUGCCUUGGACAAUGCUCAUGUAGUCCCACACCGAAAUGCCCCAUCUUCCGCUCGAGCUGUACCCAAAAGCACCAGGCUCUCCGCUGCCCAUACCCUCUCGAAGUGGUCUUCCUUGGCGACAUCAUCAGAAAUGUCCAAUUCCUUACUAACACCUACCUCAUCCAAAGAACCUCAGUGGAACCAAGAAGAAGGAAGCCUCAAGUUGAACAUCCGUGGUCGUGUGCUCAACCUAUGUGCCCCAUCAGACCUGCUGAACUACAGUGUCAGUAAACUGGGUGAAGCUCCAGCAGAGAAGCUACAGCUGGAGUGGGUAUACGGGUAUCGUGGUAGAGACUGCAGGUCCAACCUCUACUAUCUGCCGACUGGGGAGAUUAUUUACUUUACAGCAGCUGUUGUAGUUCUUCACAAUGUGGAGGAACAGACGCAGCGGCAUUACUUAGGUCACACUGACGAUAUUAAAUGCCUUGCCAUCCAUCCAGACAGAAUCAAGAUUGCCACAGGACAAGUGGCUGGUCAUGAAGCAAAAGAAGGCAAGCACCAACAAAAGAAAAAAUCUGGCUCUCCAGACAUUGUACCAGAUGAGACAUUUCCCCAUGUGCGAGUCUGGGACUCUGUCAGCCUCAACACCCUUCAUGUCAUAGGACUAGGGAUCUUCCAGCGGGCAGUUGCCUGCCUGAGCUUUUCCAAACAGGAUGGUGGCCAUCACCUUGUGGUCAUCGACGAAUCCAACGAACACACCAUUUCGGUGUGGGACAUCAGUCGAGACAAACCUCACAGGAUCACAGAGACCAAGAGUUCCACAGAGCCGGUUCUGGCUGUCGAGUACCAUCCCCUGGAGAAGCAGCAGAUUGUCAGCUGUGGGAAAAAUCAGAUUACCUUCUGGACCUUUGAAGGAGGGUCUUUAGCAAAGAAACAGGGUAUUUUUGAUAGAUAUGAUAAACCAAAAUUUGUUCUGUGUUUGGCAUUUGCUGACAAUGGAGAUGUGUUGUCUGGGGACUCCAAUGGCAGCAUUUUGGUCUGGGGCAAAG